AUGGCUUCCACUUCCAACACGAGGACCGUGACAGUCGCUCCCUCAGAGCACUCUGACCAUUGGUCCCAGGUGUCAUCACCCGAUUCUCAGAAGGCAAGCUCCGCUUGUUCGGCCAAGAACGCUCGUAGCCUGAGGGCGGCUUCAGAUUGUUCUAGCGUUUCCAGUGGGGAUGAUCUUCAGUACCAUUUCAAGCAGAUGCGUGUGCCUAGCUCUUCAUUUUGGGCCACAGAGUUUCGUCAGGCUGGAUAUGGCGACAUGGAUGAACUGGCAGAAGCUGACCUGCCGACAGUCUUUGCAGAACUUCAAGUCCCGUCAGGCAUCCAGAAAAAGAUCGAAGAGGGCAUGGGACAUUUCAGUGCCGGGACCUUCAAUGCAACCUACAUGCCGCAGGGGGACUUGGAUGCCACAGCUCCUGUUCAGUCGAAAGAUGGCAUCAAUUGGUGGCUGUGGGGUGGCAUCGCAGUUGGCGGGCUGGCCUCGGUGGUGGGCUGCUGGCAGCUGCUGUGA